AUAAUAAAAAUAGGUUUAUUAGUUUACGAGAGAAACUUGUUUGAUUUGAAACAAAAAAAAAUCAAUCAAAUUUGAGAGACGUGAUGAUACGAGAAAACCCCAAGGCGGUGGUCCGUGAUGGGGAACAGUACGAGCAGAUGUUGGCUAAUUUACAAAACAUGAAGAUACCCUUCAGUGGUGAAGAAUGUUUCGGACAAUAUGUCGAUUUACACGAGUGUUAUAACAGGUAUAUCAAUUCUAAAUUUGGUCACCCUAUCAAUUAUGUGGUUUAUCUUGAUAAUUUUCCUGCAAUUGAUACGAUUCCUUCCAAAUACAAGGCAACUGCACAAUACAAGGAGUAUAGGGAGGGUGUGCUCGCUUACUUGAUGUCUUUCUUGGAUCGUACGAAGCCCCUGAUGUUCUUAGACAGGGUUUUUAAGAGCGUGGAAUCUGAAUUUGAGGAGCGUUGGACAGUUGAAAGAGGAAAAAAGCGGCCUAGGACAACGACUACUGUCGAUGAUGUUAUCGAGCAGUUUGAUGGAUGUAGCACGGUUGAGAGUCUAAUUGAGUUAGGACCGAUGAAGCUUAACGAGGCAUUGAACACUUUGGGGCUUAAAUCUGGUGGUACUGUCUACCAAAGAGCGGAGAGACUUCUACUUGUGAAGAAUACGCCUCUAGAGAAGCUUGGCCGAAAGCACUUUAAGAAGGAAAAAGACUACUGCUGUAAGGAAACUGCACUAAUUGAAGCCAAAGUAAACAAGUUGUGUGAGCUUCUGAAAGACGUUCUUGAGCGGACUAGAGAACGCGUUAGGAACAGGCAGGGGAUGACUUUCGAUGAGUUAGUUCGUGAUCGUGAUGCUGAUCAUGAGAUACUUGUACAUGACAUAGGAAGUGAUAAUGCAGACGAGAAAAGAGAUUGUAAUCCACUUAAAUUGCCACUGGGUUGGGAUGGGAAGCCUAUACCUUACUGGCUCUACAAGCUUUACGGCCUUAACCAAGAAUUUAAGUGUGAAAUUUGUGGGAACUUCACCUACAAGGGCCGAAGGGAUUAUGAAAAGCACUUCCAUGGAGCGCGUCAUCAGCACGGGAUGAGUUGCUUGGGUAUACCCAACACCAAGAGCUUUCAUGACAUCGCUCGAAUUGACGAUGCCAAGGAACUGUGGCAGCAGAUUCAGCUGAGGAAAGGGCUGUCAUUGUGGCAGCCUGAUGUACUCGAGGAAUACGAGGAUGCAGAGGGUAACGUUUACAACAAGAAGACCUACAAUGAUCUUGUUAGGCAGGGUAUAAUUCAAGUUUAGAUCAAUUACCCUCACUAUUUUAAUUCUUGUAGUAGAUUAAUUACCUAGCUUGAAUCCGAAUUUAUCUACUUAUAUUUGCAUGUAUUCAGUCUUGUUCUUAUGUUACAAGAUUUCCAAUCAAUUGACAUCUUUGAAUCAAGUUCUUUU